AAUUAUGCUUAAAAUGAAUAAUAAUAAACUAUAAGAAUUACCUGGGAAACCAUCGACUCUUCAUCGGUUAAGUCUCCACUGUGCGUCACGCCAGGAAGACCACAACAACGUCCCUCCAACAACAACAACAACAACAACAACAACAACAAGUCAGAAGGCUGCUCUGUUGGUGUAACUGACCGGUACCGACAGAAAACGACUCCAGAGGAAGACGGUGCACAGGUGGAGAUGUGGCUCAUUGGUUUGUCUACUGAGGAGUGUGACAGCGUCCCAAAGGGCUCUUAAAACAAAAGAUUUGUGUUUCAAAGACGUGGGGAAGCAGACGGACGGACCGACUCGGCGGUAUCUUCUAACACCUUCGUCCUCACAAAUGUAGGCUUCACAGUGCAGGAUGGGUCUAUCUGUGGACAGUCCGGACAGAAAUGAAGAUGCACAUAACUAUGAGCAGCAUGGCGAGGGAGAAGGCGGAGAAAGCCCAACUGCAGUGUACACCCUCAGCCCUCAACCCAUCAACAACAAGAAGAGGAGGAAAAGCAAGAAGAGACUGUGGAUCAACUUCACCAACUGCAAAUAUGAAAGUGUGCGCCGCGCUGCUCGUAGGUACGGCCUCAGAGAGGCGAUGGAGGGCGACGACUGGACUCUUUUCUGGACCGACUGCUCCGUGUCUCUGGACCGCGUUAAGGACAUGAAGCGUUACCAGAAAAUAAACCACUUCCCAGGGAUGAAUGAGAUCUGCCGCAAAGAUUUACUGGCGAGAAACAUGAACCGAAUGCUCAAGCUUUUCCCCAAAGACUACAACAUCUUCCCCCGGACGUGGUGCCUUCCUGCUGAUUACAGUGACUUCCAAGCUUACACCAGGGCCAAAAAGAGCAAGACGUACAUCUGUAAGCCGGAUACCGGUUGCCAAGGCAAAGGCAUCGUCCUCACCAAGUCGAGUAAAGAAAUUCAUCCUGGAGAGCAUAUGAUCUGCCAGGUUUACAUCUCCAGGCCUUUCAUAAUCGACGGAUACAAGUUUGACCUGCGUAUCUACGUGCUGGUGACGUCGUGUGACCCGUUCAGCAUAUUCAUGUUCAAGGAGGGACUGGCUCGGUUCUGCACCACCAAGUACACCGAGCCGACACACAGCAACGUGGAUGACGUGUGCAUGCAUCUCACCAACUACUCCAUCAACAAAUACAGCGAGAACUUUGUCCGAGACGAGGACACCGGCAGCAAACGAAAGCUGUCCACCCUGAACAAGCUCCUGGAGUCCAUCAGCUGCAACACAGACAAGAUGUGGAACGACAUCGAGGACGUGAUCGUAAAGACUCUGAUCUCCGCUCACCCGAUCCUCAAACACAACUACCACACGUGCUUCCCGAACCACACCACCGGCAGCGCCUGCUUCGAGAUCCUGGGCUUCGACGUGCUGCUGGAUCACCGGCUCAGACCCUGGGUGCUGGAGGUGAAUCACUCCCCGAGUUUCACCACGGACUCGCAGCUGGACCGCGAGGUGAAGGACGCGUUGCUCUACGACACCCUGGUUCUUAUCAACUUGGGCGCCUGCGACCGCCGCAAGAUCACCAAGGAGGAGAGACGCAGGGUGAAGGACAGGCUGCAGCAAAACAGCACCAGAGAGGCCAGGUCGGAGGAGCUGCGUCAGUGCCAGGCAGCCACCCUGGAGCAGAUGGAGAGGUACGAGGCCAAACACCUGGGAGGCUUCAGGAGGAUAUAUCCCCGAGAGGGAGGAGAGAAAUACGACAAGUACUUCAAAAACAGCAGCUCGCUCUUCCAGGAGACGGCGGCGUCCAAAGCCAGAGAGGAGUGUGCCAGAAAUCAACUGCAGGAGCUUCGUCUGAAACAGGAGCAGAAUGAGAGAGACCAGAGGGGAGGCCGGAGGAGAGACCUGCAGGGGGAGACGGCGGGGGAGAGAGUCAAACCUCAACGAGCACAAACACAACCCCCCAACCCAGACUGUGACUGUGAACCACUGCUGCUCCCUCUGUCCGGUAUGUCGCUGGAUGCUGAAGCUGCAGACGUCCGACAGGAGAAGCAGCAGCAGCAGAAGGAGGAGGAGGAGGAGGAGGAAGAGGAGGAGGCAGACAUGGAGGAGCAGGAGCGGGUCAACGCGCUCCUCCAGAGGAAGAAACUCCUGCAGGACCUCGGAGUGGUGGACCAGAUCCACCAGCUGCUGCAUGGCCUCUCGGACAGAGGGGGGGUCCUGCAGGAGGCCUGCACCCAGCAGCCGAGUAGACCGGCUCAUCAGAGACAUCCGACGAAGUUGGACUCUUUGACACAGUUCUCCCACAGAACAAAUCAGCAGCCGUGCUCUCAGAUGUCCCUGCAGCACAUCCACUCCCACGUGACGCAGCAGCGCCUGCUGAGGCCAACGAUGGACCAGAGGAGCCUGAACCCGUCUGAACCCAAAAACCACAGCAGGAACAUCAGCGCCCAGCGGACCCACUGGCCAGUCGGUGGCCCUCUGGCCCUCCGUCAGGACACCCGGAGCAGCUCCUACACCUCCCGUCCGAGCAUCCCCAUCAUAAACCACGUCAACAGAGGAGGCCUGCGCUGCGCCUACUUGUCCCGCGACCCCGCCGCCCUGCAGAGCCUGCUCGUCAUCUCCACCCGGGCCCCUCUGGUCCGGAGGCCUGGCUUCACUCACAUCAUCCGCAACUCCUCCCGCAGAGCCCCCCCCCACCAGCAGCAGCACCACCAACACGGUAAAGGCCAGUGAGGAGCCGGAUUACACACCCACUGAAGACACAGAGGAGAACUGGAGGUAGAGAGGCUUUAAGCUGUGAACAUAAAGAAACACACUGUGCCUAUUUGAUAGAUUUCAUAUCUGGACUCCUGCAGUUUGCUCUGCUUGCCACUUUAUAAAUCCUCCAGCACUGCAGGAAAACAACAUUAUGGCUUUUUAUUUUGUUUCUGCUCACAUAUGUGAUAUAUAUUUUACUCCUGGGGAUGAAUCAUCUCAAACAAACCUCACCUACAGUGCCAAAAAUAAAAGCAGACAAGCCUGAUUUAACACCUUAUGGCAUGUGUGAUCCAAAUCCUCAGAGGAAAAUCUAAUAAACUCACUGAUUACUGGGAGCUGAUAUGAGCUGAAAUUGGCUCAAUGAAACCCAAUGAAUAUUAAAGUAUUAUUAGUUAAGAUUAAGACCAUAUUUGAAUAUCAAAAAUGAAAGGCCUUCUGCUUCUUUUCUCAAGGGAAUUUGAUUGUGCAGUAAUGUAUUGAGAACCUUUUUUUUUUAUUUGCACUGAUUAUCAAUAAAUAUUUUUUUCAAGAUGUGAUUUAG